AUGAUGAUAACGUUACAACUUAUGAUAAAGAUAACAAAAUCAAGAAUCUUCCUUCAAAAAUCAGCCAUCACACAAGUCUCCGCGGCGCUGCAGGCGUGGAGCGGUGAGCUCGAGAGGAGGACUGGAGAAGUUACUUCACAAUUAGAUUCACUUAGCGCACAUAUAAACAAAAACAUUAAUAGUGUUAAUAAAUUGCAUGACUAUGACACUGAUGUAGCUAAAUGGCAAGAGACCGUCAUGGGUCAGCUGAUUCCGACGACCUACAAAGUCGAUUCGGCAAUUAAAAAGCUUGACGGUACAUUGCAGAAUAGGGUGCAGCAAGCAUAUAACUUGGUUGAAUUACAUAUCCAUAAUGUUGAUGACGGUGUGGAGAGGGAGCAGAAGCAUAUGAUGGCGUUUGGGAAUAAGGUUAAAGGGAAGCUAGAAAAGAUCAAAAUUGCGGUUAAUAAAAAUAUUGUAAACUGCUUCAAGGAGCUCAGUAAGACGGUGGAGCAUAGCAUUAAGAAUAUUCACAAGCAAGUAAAACAAAUUGAUGAUUUGCUUAAGGAGCGUGUUGAGGAGUUGCAAAAAUGGAUUGGAAGCGCUGAUGAGACAAUGCAGAGUGCGUUGGGAAAGGUGACAAAAAUAUUGGAGGAAGUUGACAGUUCUGAAAAAUCUGUGAGUAAGGAAGGGAUUGAGGCUGCGGCCAAGGAUAUUGAGAGACAGGCUGAUAUAUUUCAUAAUCAAUUUACGCAGCUGAAGGACCAGUAUAAUGAUGUUUUUACAAAACUUAAAGGAAAAAAGGGAACGGGUGAAAAGGGUCCGGAGGGCGGCGUGUUGGGAAAGCUGCUAGGACUUUAUGAGACUGUUAAGGGACGGGUGCCGGGAAGAUUUGAUGACUUUAAUACGGAUAGCGGUGAAUGGUAUUUGAACAAAAGCAGUGAAAUCAGUAAUAUUACGGAGCACAUUAAAACGAGCAUUAAGGCGUAUGUAACCAAGCAAUUGGGAGGGAGGCUGAAGACUGCGCUCAAAAAGUACACUAAAAUUAUUGCGGACGACGAUGAAGAUGAUAGUGAUGACGAUAAUCACGUCGGUGUCCUUGAGUUAAUCGAAACAGGCCUAAUGACUCACGCUAUGAAGUUCAAGUAUAAUUUUAAUAAUGAGAUAUUGCCGGGGUGGCUGGAUGAUAUUUUGGGGAGGGAUGGGAAAGGUGGGAUUAACGCUGUGAAAUCCUGGAUGAAGCAGUAUGCUGAUGGCCACAUAAGUCAGGAUAUUAAGGAAAAUAUUGUGAAAGAUAAGGUUAGCACACACGUUAAGACUCAGAUUAUAAAACACCUUAGCGCCCAAAUCUCGGAAGCUCAGAAUAGGAUUGCAACAGAAAACGAUAUAACGACCAAUCUGAUCGCUGUGACGGGCAUUUGCAAAACAUUUGCCGAGCAACUCGGGCAGAAAUUUGACAAGGGAGACAUUAGUUAUAGUAGUAGUGGUUUGUUUGUGAGAGGCAUUGUCGACACGAUUGAAGCCGAAUUAGAAACUUCGACAGCUCGUCCAUCCUUCAGAUCAACUCUUCAAGAAGUUGUGAAAACCACCGUCAUUGCGCUAUGUUCGAAGGCCAAGCAAGUUGAAAACGAACUUGGAUCAUUACUGGAUGAAAAAGGCAUAAACAUCGGCAAAGUUAAUGAGGCCAUUGCGCAGGUUAUAUCGCUCGGAGGCAGUCUUGAGAAAGAGAUUGCAACCGCUCCAGACACUCUCGGACCUCUAGGUGAAACAAUCAACGAAGCGCUUGGCGAUGCAGCCACCGGCGAAGAGUUCAACAACAGGCUCACCGCGCUCCUCCACGAGGCGGUAAUCAAAGGAGUAGGGGCGUUUGAAAAGGCACUUCAGGGUCCAGUUAUUCAGGUGAUAAGUGAUAUGAAAAAGGAUAUAAACAUACAAACAUCGGUUGCGGAGUCCACAAAAAGUCAGAUUGAAACACAAGCCAGAAAAGUAACCUCCACCCUUAAAGCCCUCUGCCAGGCUAUCAAAGCGCAGGCAAACGACCAAGAUGGGCUGAAGCACGUCUUAACAGAGUUUAAAACAAAGACAAUUGGUAGGGACUCUACGGGGGAGCUCCAGCAACUCAAAGAGAGAUUUAGCCAACUCCAAUCCGACAACGUCGACAAACUUACCGACGCCGUGGGGAAGUUGCUUAUCGAUACCUUUCCAAAUGCGGUUCGAAAAUGCACUCAAACCAUCCGUGUUCACUUUGAAGCAAAGAUUGAUGAUGCAGUGUACGACAUCAAAAAGGAUGUGCUGAAGCGCUAUGUGACGUCUAAGAAAUCGGAGCUUCAGCAACUGCGGGAUUUCGUUGACGAGAAACUUCAAGAGGUAACAAAAAUUAUUGAAGCAGAUAAACAAAGCGGCCUGAAAGGCUUCCUUAGAACCCUUAUUGGCGUUCCGGCGGAUGAGAGAGUUAUAACUACCGAUAACAAACUUGACGCCGUUAAAAAUUACGAUCAUUCACUUACUACACACCCCGCCAAAUUCCAAUCCCUCUCCGAACAAUCCCUCGCCUACCUAAAACACAUCCACACUUACGUCUCCUCCGACCUCCCCAAACAUCUCCCCUCCUCCCAAUACCCCUCCCAACUUUCCACAAUCCACUCCCAUCUCUCCACCCUCCUCUCCCACCUGUCCGCCGCAAAACACUUCACCCACGAGGUCCCCGGAAUGCUCGCGGAACUCAAGGCAUCCGUCCAAGCACUCCACUCCACAGGCUUCGGCAACCCCGCGUAUCCCGUGCUCGACGCUUUCCCCAAGAGCCUGCUGCCGUUCGUCGAGCAGCUGGAGAGGGGGUAUGUUAAUAGGUAUGAGGGGGGUGAGGAAAUAUUAUUGUAUAACUACUUGAGUAAAAAAAUAACUCCGGAAGGCGAAAAGUGCGCUAAGAUAUUUUUGACCUUACUGGAGACGGUGAAUUAUGAUUUACGGGAUUUACUCAGUGGACAUGAUUCUCAUAAAGCGUUGCAGAUUUAUCUAAAGGGAGAGAAUAGACUUGGUCGCUGGUUUAAGGGACGGGGCUUCAAAGUCUCCGAUGAUGACAAGACGCAGAAUGGGGAGUUAGACCGCAAGAAGACAGGAGGAGAUAUUCGUGAGCUUCUUGUCAAAGAUGACGGGAAACACGUCUACAGGAAGGACACCGGUAAAACAGAUACUGGCCCACUCAGGCAACUUGUAGGCCCCCUUAGAGACUAUUAUCGUGUGUGUCACUAUGAAAUUCUUCCAAAACCCAGAGCGCCGAGCAGCGUGAAAGAUAUGCUUCAAUGGCUCCUCGGGUUAUACUUUAACCCGAUUUAUAAUAAACUUGGUGAGUACUUCAAGGAACUGUUCGAAAAGCCUAAACAUCAUGAAGAUAAAAAAUAUUCCGAAAUUGAUGAAAGCCAACUUAGUCUAGAUGCCACGUCAACAAUUACGCCUAAGGAACUCAAAGAGAUACUUCGGGACGUCUGUCUGCACUCUGAAAACACAUUGAUCGCAAUCCUCGGCCGCGGCCAUGAAAAUGGCAGUUACGCCGUUGACUUUUAUACAAACGCACACAAACUAGACUAUCCUAGUAGCCCAUCCGUCUGUUUUGACUUGCUUGUAGAUAUAUUAUUUAGAGUGUAUCACCAACUCCAUUUCGUGUUUAGCCAGUGUCAGAAUGGCACUAGUCGUGGCGGCUGGUCCGACUGCUACUACGGUCGUGGUGUUGGUGGCUCCGAUUGGAACUGCAACAAAAUGCAGUGCCCUGAUCAAAUGUGUGGUCAAACGUCUACCCAAAACUGCAACCAAAGUGCUACCCAAAAUCACAACCAAACAGCUGACCAAAAGUUUAACCAGCAUCCUAUUUGCGGCCUUAAGUCACCGCUCCAGUCAUUCUUUGAAGACGGACUCCCUGGGUUCUUACCACACUCAUUCAAAUCGCCAGGUUGCAAACUGGAAUGUACUUUAGCCAACACAGAGUAG